AUGCCUCUCGGUAUUUUGGAUGAUGAUAAGCUAGAGCAUAUCCCAGGCACAGCACCCCUGAACGGUCUCCAUGAAACAGGUCCCUACUCAGGCAUUGACCCUGGACUCCUCAAACAUGAUAGUACUGGAAAAAUUGUUCUUGUCCCUCAGCCUUCUGACUCUUUGCGGGACCCUUACAACUGGCCACGAAAGAAGAAGGAGCUUUUCACAUUAACCUAUGCUUGGGGUUGUGGUUGCGUCGGUGGUAGGUCCAUGACCCAGUCACUUACUCCCGUUGGCCCUCUUUUGGGAGGAGCAUUCGUCCCCCUUGCCAAAGACUUCGGUGUAUCUCUAUCGACGUUUAUCUCCGGUGUCCAAGGUGGCACUAUUGCUAGCGUCGCCGUGGGCAGUCUUUUGUUCAAUUCACUUGCUGUGAAGUAUGGUAAGCGCCCUAUAUACUUGGCAACCACUAUCGGCUUGAUGGUGUCCUCUUUCUGGGCCGCCGAAGCCAAUAGCUUCGCAUCUUUCGUCGCAGCAAGAGUGUUAUGUGGUCUUUGUAUGGCACCCUUCGAAGCUCUGAUUCCGGCUUCCAUCUCCGAUAUUUGGUUUGUUCAUGAGAGAGGAUUCCGUAUGGCGAUAUUCAAUCUUGGUGUUUUGGGUGGAAUUAACUUGGCAGUUCCAAUCGCUGCUGCCAUCAUUCAAUACUCGAACUAUCGCAUUGCAAUGCACUCCAUGGGUGGUGCAUUUACCUUGAUGCUGAUCCUCGUCUUUUUCUUCAUGCCUGAAACCGCAUACAAGAGAGAAGCAUUGAACAUCGAUACUGGAGAAGCUACUGUUGCUGUCGAAGGAAAAGGAACACUGGAGCAGCUCGAGAUUGCGCCGACAAAUGAAGAACAACAAGUAUUGGCCAACCGGCCUACACCAUGGAUCGAAGAGAUGCUUCCUUACAGUGGAUAUAUUAAUCAUGUAUCUUUCUGGAAUACUCUUAUUCGGCCAUUCUACCUACUGGCCUCACCAGUUGUUCUUUGGGCAACCCUGCUCUUCACCUGCUGUAUCUCCUGGCUAGUCGGCAUUUCCCUCACCCUCUCCCAGAUCUUCUCCGCACCGCCCUAUAACUUUUCUGUUGUGAGUGUCGGAGCAACUAAUCUGUCAUCAUUCGUCGCCUCUUGCCUGGGAACCGUUAUUGCGAGUCCCCUUAUUGAUGGUCUAGUUACCAAGCUGUCUAAGGUGAACGGUGGCGUUUUCGAACCUGAGUUCCGUUUGCCAGUCAUGAUCUCAUACCUGCUCUUCACAGCAUCGGGUUUCUUCGCCUGGGGUCAAUCCGCAUUCAAGCAAGAUCCUUGGCCAAUUCCCGUGAUUGUCUGCCUGGGAAUGAUCAACUUCGGAGUGCAGCUCGGUACAACCGGUGUGGUCACCUAUGUGGUUGACUGUCACCGUGAGAAAGCCGGUGAGGCAUUCGCAACGAUGAGCUUCAUUAAGAACAUGUUUGCCUUUGGUCUCUCGUUUUAUAUCAAUGAUUGGAUCGAUACGCAGGGUGUUCGUAACUGCUUCUUCACUAUUGGUGGAAUCACCAUGUUUUGCGCACUUACCACUAUUCCUAUGUACAUCUACGGCAAGAAGGCUAGAAGCUGGGUUUACCGACAUGGAUUUACUGAUAAUUGA